AUGGCAACAAAUUCCAUAGAUAACUCCUCCAAUGUUUUUGCCGGUAGCACAGCCACUCAACCAGCUGUUGUAAUUAUCGACUCCUCUCACCCCUAUUAUCUUCAUUCAUCUGACUCACCAGGUAUGGUUCUUGUCAACUCACUCUUUGAUGGAAAUGAAUAUGGAGGAUGGCGUAGAGCCAUUGUUAUUGCACUCUCUACUAAGAACAAGCUUGGUUUUAUCGAUAGAACCUAUUCUGAACUUGAUUCUUCUUCCACUGACUUCAAACAGUGGAAUCAUUACAAUGAUAUGGUUAUAUCAUGGCUCUUGAACUCCCUGUCUAAGGACAUAGCUGAAAGUUUACAAAAGGAGUUGAGUGAUCUAGUGCAAGGGACCUCUGAUGUGGCAGGAUACUAUACAAAGGUAAAAAAGAUUUGGGAUGAGUUAGAUACCUUGAAUACUUGUAUACACUGCACCUGUGAAUGUAACUGUGGAGGAAAGUCCAGAACCUUGAAAUCCCUUCAAGAUGGUAGGCUCAUUCAAUUUCUCAUGGGGCUUAAUGAUGCCUACUCAGCUGUGAGGAGCAACAUUCUGAUGAUUACCCCUCUUCCGAGUGUCAAUCAAGCUUAUUCUCUUCUCAUUCAAGAUGAGAAGCAAAGAAAAAUUCAUGUUGCACAACACCCAGUCGAGAUUGCUUUCCUGGUACAAAAUCAGCAGCCCAUUUUUCAGAAAUAUGCUAAUGCAUAA